AUGGCAUGCAUGUGGCGCAAGAAUGCCUGCAGUGGCAAAAAACUUCCAUCAGACGUGCCGCGAGGCCACUUGGCUGUGAUAGUAGGAGAGGCAAACAGGAGGUUUGUCAUAAGAGCUGACUACCUGAACCACCCAUUGCUUCAACAACUGCUUGAUCAGGCAUAUGAAGGACAUGGCUUCAACAAGAGUGGUCCUCUGGCUAUACCUUGUGAUGAGUUCCUAUUUGAAGAUAUUCUUCAGUCCCUUGGUAGAGGAACUCGCACACGUCGAUCCUCUUCCCCUGUGCUUACAAAAAAGCUAGAUUUGUGCUUUUCCAAAGACUCUGUACCAUUACUUGAAGUCUUUGACAGAAAAAGGAGCAACAACUACAAGCAUUAA